UUGGGCUCAGUGAUAAUCGGGAGGCGGAAGCUUCAGGGCGACUGAGCCGACGAUGCAGAGCGGUGAAUUUCCCAGUAAAUGCACAGAGCAGAGACCAUUAAUGGAGCAUCUGAUGGACUCUGUGAGGAGGAACAUGGACAGGAACCAGGUGUCUGAAAGGAUCCUGAAUCUCACCCUGGAGAUCAUCUGCCUGCUGACCGGAGAGGAUUAUAUCAUUAUGAAGAACCCCGGUGAGGAUCGUCCAGCGGAAAAAGCUUUCAGGAUCCAGAGCCCAUUCCUGGCGCCUCCAGCAUCCUCGCUGAUAGAUAAGAGGAACGAUGACAACGAAACCCCGGAACCGGCCGAUAAGAACGAUCCCCAGGAGACGGGGGAGGUUCCUGUAAGGUGUGAUGACGUCGCCGUCUUCUUUUCCACGGAGGAGUGGGAGUAUUUAGAAGGACACAAGGAGCACUAUGAGGACGUCAUGAUGGAGACCCACCAGCCCCGCGGCUCAUUGGAUGAUGCCGCUGGGAGAAACACAUCUGAAUGCGGCUUUCAAACCAGGCGAAGAACAAAAUGUCCCAAAAGGAAUCAACAACGCUCUGCGCAGGGGAGAUCUGAACAAAACGUGACGGAGGCCUCGGUCUCCUGUAAAGACGGAGACAUCAUGGACAUCGUGGUUUACACGGCCAUAGACCAUACAGGGGCAGAAUAUUCAUCGCAAUAUGUACCUGCGCGUAGCAAGGAACCGUCCGUCUCAUCAGACUGCCAGGGGAAACGGACUUAUUACUGCUCUGAAUGUCCAAAAUCCUUUACUGACCAUUCAGAACUUGCUAAACAUCAGAUGCUUCACGACGAUGACCGGCUGACCUGCCCAGACUGCGGCAAACAGUUCUUAAGUAAAUCCAAUUUAGAGAGACAUUACAUGAUCCACACCGGAGAGAGACCGUUCGAGUGCGUAGACUGCGGGAAGAGCUUCACUGAUAAAUCAAACCUCGCUCAGCAUCAGAGGGUCCACACGGGGGAGAAGCCCUUCUCUUGCUCUCAUUGCCAGAAGAGCUUCACCAACAAAUCAAAGCUUGUGAGACAUGAGAUGGUUCACACGGGGGUGAAACCGUUCACCUGUUCGGAUUGCGGGAAGAGUUUUACCGACAAUUGGAAGCUCGUCUCCCAUCAGAAGGUCCACACGGGAGAGAAGCCGUUCACGUGUCCGGAUUGCGGGAAAAGCUUCCACCAAAAGUCACAUCUCGUCGAGCACCAGAAGGUUCACGAUGUAGAAAAAUCGUACUCGUGCUCCGAGUGCGGGAAGCGCUUCACCUAUAGCUCGCACCUCGAGAAACACAGGAGGCGACACACCGGCGAGAAGCCGUAUUCCUGCUCCUACUGCGGGAGGUUUUUCACUCAAAAAUCAAAUCUACUCCGGCAUCACAUAGUCCACACGAGAGAGAAGCCGUUCCCGUGCUCGCUGUGCGGGAAGUGUUUCACUCAAAAGGCAACGCUUCUCAAGCACCAGAAAAUCCACCAAGCCAACGAGCUGCUGCUGUGUCUGAUAGCAUCCAUCUUUUUUGAGAGGAGAGUUCAGACCUUGUGCAUUUGUGGAUAUAAACCGGGUGAUAAGAAGCAAAACUCAAACGUCCCUCCCUAUCCGGCAUCCUGGACAUCCUCAGUGGACCUCAUAACCUUCUAUCUGCGGAACUUCCACAAUGGGGAGUUGGUUCCACUCGUGGACGAUCUCCAGGCUUUCCUAGUCUUUGUAAAUAUCGUCUCGUCUUCUAUUUUCUCUCGAAGCCGUCAGGACCUUCUCUUUAAAGUUGUGAGAACGGAAGCUUCUGAUCACAUCCCGUGGCGAGAUCGUGUACCGGCGCUCGUGCAUGAUGAUGAGGGCAUGGCAGAGAUCCACGGGGCCGAUGGGAUCCACCCAAAGUUAUUAAAAGAGCUUCGGAGUUUCCUUGCAAAAUCGUUGGGAGACUUAUUUAGCCAGCCGCUAUCAACAGGCGUCGGUCCAGAAGACUGGAAGUUGGAAAUUGUAGAACCGCUUCAACAAAAGGGUAGCAGGGACGACUCUGCUAAGUACAGAGCACUGUGCCUGCUGCGUGUGUCUCAUUGCAGGGGGACCCCAGACCCACGUGUAAUACGGGUGUCUCCCCAUUUUAGGGCGACUGAGCCGACAAUGCAGAGCAGAGAAUUUCCCAGUAAAUGCACAGAGCAGAGACCAUUAAUGGAGCAUCUGAUGGACUCUGUGAGGAGGAACAAGGGCAGGAACCAGGUGUCUGAAAGGAUCCUGAAUCUCACCCUGGAGAUCAUCUGCCUGCUGACCGGAGAGGAUUAUAUCAUUAUGAAGAACCCCGGUGAGGAUCGUACGGCAGAUAAAGCUUUCAGGAUCCAGAGCCCAUUCCUGGCGCCUCCAGCAUCCUCGCUGAUAGAUAAGAGGGACGAUGACAACGAAACCCCGGAACCGGCCAAUAAGAACGAUCCCCAGGAGACGGGGGAGGUUCCUGUAAGGUGUGAUGAUGUCGCCGUCUAUUUCUCCAUGGAGGAGUGGGAGUAUUUAGAAGGACACAAGGAGCACUAUGAGGACGUCAUGAUGGAGACCCACCAGCCCCGCUGCUCAUUGGAUGAUGCCGCGGGGAGAAACAAAUCUCAAGGAUUUGGCGCCGCCGUUUCUCCACCACAUGAUGUAACCGAAACUGGACUUCAAACCAAUCGAAUAACAAAAUGCCCCAAAAGAGAUCAACAACUUUCUACACAGGGGAGAUCUGAACAAAACACGACGGAGGCCUCGGUCUCCUGUAAAGACGAAGACAUCAUGGACAUUGUGGUUUACACGGCCAUAGACCAUACAGGGGCAGAAUAUUCAUCGCAAUAUGUAUCUGCGCGUAGCAAGGAACCGUCCGUCUCAUCAGAAGGAGAUCUUCUGUCACCUACAGAAUACACGCAGACUGAAUAUCCAACUUAUGCAAAGCUGGAACCUGUCUCGUGUGAAGAAGGGAAUCUCACAGACAACAGUAUUUCUAUGCCCACGGAGUAUACAGCUGUUCAUAUCAAGGAGGAAGAGACCUUCGAUGAAGAAGCACAUUUCUCUGGCGCUUGUAUGCAGGCGGAAUACGUUCCUGAGAGUUACGGAGAAUCCUGGCACAAUAACAGUCAUCAACUUGUAACGCAUCCAGGCUUUCCAGAUCUAAACUUCAGCGGCCAUAUUGAAACCUAUAACAUGGUAUCCGGUGACACAAGUCAUGAAAUGGGGAUUUAUAGCUGCUCUGAUUGUCCAGAAUACUUUAGCAACAGCUUUGAACUUGCUAACCAUCAGACAAUUCACAAGCUCAAUAAGCUGACCUGCUCAGAAUGCGGGAAACGGUUCUUAAAUAAAUCAAGCUUUGAGAGGCAUUACAUGAUUCACACCGGGGAGAAGCCGUUCGUAUGUUUAGACUGCGGGAAGAGCUUCACCGAUAAAUCAAAGCUGGUCCGACAUCAGAGGGUCCACACGGGGGAGAAGCCGUUCUCUUGUUCUCAAUGCCAGAAGAGCUUUACAGACAAGUCAAAGCUUGUGAGACAUCAGAUGGUUCACUCGGGGGUGAAGCCGUUCACCUGUUCGGAUUGCGGGAAGUGUUUUACCGACAAAUGGAAGCUCGUUUCCCAUCGACGGAUUCACACCAGAGAGAAGCCGUUCAUGUGUCUGGAAUGCGGCAGAUGCUUUACUCAAAAAUCACAUCUUUUUAAGCACCAGAGAAUCCACCAAGCUGAUAGAUACUUGCCCACAAAGAGGUAACGUCGUUCUUCUCACGGCGUCCGUUAUCAGCUCGUGGCGGUGCUCAAAAGAAACAAAUCUCCCCGAAAGAGACAGAAGCUGUGAUGUCAUCUGAUCUCUGGCAGCUCCACGUUUUGAACGAUCCGUAAAAAGGAGCGAGACAUCGAGCCUGGAGCUCAGUGCAGCCUUAAAGUAUAUUGCGGACAAUCAUUCUCAAUCCUAGCACCGCUCAGGAGGAUGCAGAAUAGAUUGCAAGCUCAUAAGGCAAGCCCUUUUCUCCUGUGGCGGUAUACGUCAACGUGAGCUCCAGUUAUUGUUCAUUCUGUAUAUGGUUCGCGUUAACGUGAUUGGUGAUUUUAUAUUUUCCCCUUUUGUUCAUUUCGCUGUGAAAUCCGUUACCGGUGCUCUACCAAUAAAACGUAACG